ACGACUGAUUAUACGUGUAGUCGUCUUCUUUAUAGUAACCACAUCAACCUCUGUCAUAUUCAUUUCUCCCCUCUCUCUCUCUCUCUCUCUCCUCCAGCCACCACAACAGCUGCCAUAGACGACUUUUUAAAUUUCCUCAGAUUCCCCAAAGAAAAUUCAGCAAGCUCUUCAACCAAAUAUCUGAUAAAAUAUGCUUGAUUGACCGGUGACGAUCUUGUGAAGGCUUAUAGAGUUACAUUAUUUUCUUGAGUUGUGGUUACUGUGAUCCAUGGGGUUCUUUGAAGAAAUGGGAUUCUAUGGAAAUCUCGAUUUUCUUUCGGCCCCAAAUUGCGAGGGAGAACGGGCACCCGAAACCGAACAAGACGCACCCGUUGAGGAAGAUUACAGCGAUGAAGAAAUGGACGUUGAUGAGCUGGAAAGGAGGAUGUGGCGAGACCGAAUGCUUUUAAGGCGGCUUAAAGAUCAAAACAAAGGUAAAGAAGUCGAUAACACAAAGCAACGUCAGUCACAAGAACAAGCCAGACGAAAGAAAAUGUCUCGAGCCCAAGACGGGAUCUUGAAAUACAUGCUCAAAAUGAUGGAAGUUUGUAAGGCUCAGGGGUUUGUUUACGGAAUUAUUCCGGAAAACGGGAAGCCCGUUACUGGAGCCUCGGAUAAUCUCCGGGCCUGGUGGAAGGAAAAAGUCCGGUUCGAUCGAAACGGGCCUGCUGCUAUUUCUAAAUACCAAGCGGACAAUUCGAUUCCGGGAAAAAACGAGGAUAAUUGCACCCAGGUUUCCACCCCGCACACGUUACAAGAACUUCAAGACACCACUCUCGGUUCGCUUUUGUCGGCUUUAAUGCAACAUUGUGACCCGCCACAACGGCGGUUCCCGUUGGAAAAGGGUGUUCCGCCGCCAUGGUGGCCCACCGGAGGUGAGGAAUGGUGGGGCCAGCUUGGGUUACCGAAAGAACAAGGGACUCCACCGUAUAAGAAACCUCAUGAUCUGAAAAAGGCGUGGAAAGUCGGUGUUUUAACGGCUGUGAUCAAACAUAUGUCGCCGGAUAUCGCGAAAAUUCGUAAGCUUGUUAGGCAAUCUAAAUGCUUACAAGACAAAAUGACGGCUAAAGAAAGUGCCACGUGGCUUGCUAUUAUUAACCAAGAAGAGGCCUUAUCACGUAAGUUGUAUCCGGACAGCUGUCCACCUGUAUCAAGUGGGAACGCGUCGUAUCUUGUUACCGACGCCAGUGAUUAUGAUGUGGAUGGUAUAGAAGAUGACCAGACCGUUGAAGUAGAAGAGUGCAAGCCGCAACCCGUUGACGUCAAUAAUCGUUAUAAUCUCGGGCUCGUCGGGUCUCAACAGGCUCACGUCAAGGGUGAGGUGGUUGAAAUCGCGAGCCCGGAUAGUUUCGGUCAGAAGAGGAAGCAAUCAUCGGAUGACCAGCAGCCACCAAAGAUAUACACGUGCGAGUAUUCUCAAUGCCCUUAUAGCGACACUCGUGUAGGUUUUACCGACAGAUAUUCAAGAAACAAUCACCAGAUGAAUUGUCUGUAUCACCCUUCGAAUAAUAAUCCUUCGCGUAGUGGAACCAUGAGCUUCCAAAUGAAAGAACCAAUGUUCACUAUACAACAAUUUGGUCAACCAAAGAUGACCACCGGUCAACCACUUGGACUUCCGGGAGAUGGUCAAAGGGCGAUUUCCGACCUGAUGUCGUUUUACGAUACAAAUCAUCAAACCACAAACGGAAAUCUCAACUCGGGUACACUCGAUGUUAACUUCGACCACCAGAAGCAAAAGUUUCCCAUCCAACUCGAUGACGACUUUUUUGGACAUGGUGUCGAGUCAAACAUAGCUUCGAAUCAGUCAACGUUUAUGCCGACAGGAUUUCAGCUUGACAACAAAGCAACAUACAGCCCUGCUUUUGAUGCAAACAAUAAUUUGGAUUUCAGAUUUGUUUCACAGUCUCCGUUUAAUCUUGCGGGAGUUGACUUUUCUGGCGAGUCAAACCCGACCCCAGACGUGUCAAUGUGGUACCUUUAAAAUCAUCAACAAGAUUCCCCAAAAAACAGGUGAAAAAACCUGUUUUUUAAUCCAUAGUAUAGUAGCAUCAAGUUAGGUACAUUAUAUCAUAUGCUUGUUUAAGUUUCAUGUGACCAAAUACUGAUGUACUUGUGUAACUAUAUGUUGUUAUAUAUAGUGUGUAUUAUAUCAAUUAUUGGGGUUGCUAGUU